AGCCACUUUGUGUCGAGAGGCGCCAGGUGCUCUUACGAUAAACUACCAUACAGCCGUAUCGCUCGCGCGAUCAGUUCCCGCGCACUGCCCAGCGAUGAGCAAGUUGAAGCUCACCGGCGAGAAGGUCUGCAACAGCGACCCCAAGCAUCCAGAGGUCCCUUUGCACGAUCUGGGGUGCAAGGUGUGCAUCUGCGGUGGUGGUGGCUUCAUCGGCUCGUGGCUCGGAAAGGCAUUGAAGGAGCUCGGCUACCACGUGAUCGUGGCCGACUGGAAGCAUAACGAGUACUUCAAGCAGGAGGAGUAUUGCCACGAAUUCAGAUUGCUGGACCUGCGUAAGUUGGAGAACUGCAUCGAGGCCACUAAGGGUUGCACCCACGUCUAUGCGCUUGCCGCGGACAUGGGCGGCAUGGGCUUCAUCGAAUCCAACCAGUCCGUGCUGCUAUACAACAACACGAUGGUAAGCUUCAACUGCCUGGAGUCGGCCCGUGUCAAUGGAGCAAAGCGUUUCUUCUACUCAUCCACCGCUUGCGUAUACAACGAGGAUAGGCAACUUGACGUUACGGAUCCGAAAUUGAAGGAGGAGUACGCGUGGCCUGCCAAGCCUCAGGACUCAUACGGGCUCGAGAAGCUGUACGCCGAGGAGAUGGCUCUGACGUACGGCAAGGACUUUGGUAUCGCAUCGCGCAUCGCCAGGUUCCACAAUAUCUACGGCCCGAACGGCACGUGGCAGGGCGGCCGAGAGAAGGCGCCGGCCGCCUUCUGCAGAAAGGCGAUCACGAGCACAGUCGAGUUCGAGAUGUGGGGUGACGGCAUCCAGACGAGGAGCUUCGUCUUCGUGGAGGACUGCGUGGAGGGAGUGAUCCGGAUCAUGAUGUCCGACUGCGACGUUCCGCUGAACCUUGGUACCGAGGAGAUGAUCAGCAUGAACGACUUCGCGAAGCUCGUCAUGUCCUUCGAGAGCAAGGACCUGCCCAUCAAGCACAUCCCCGGGCCGCAGGGCGUCCGCGGAAGGAACUCGGACAACACGCUGAUCAGGGAGAAGAUCGGCUGGGAGGCGUCGACCCCCCUGGCGGUGGGCAUCAAGACUACGUACUUCUGGAUCAAGGAUCGGAGAACAACAGGUGGAAAAGAUGAAGGCGGCUGGCAAAGACACGGGCACCCUCAGCCAGUCCAAGAUCGUGGUGCAGGACACCGCCGUGCUCGACGGCGUGCUGGAGAAGGGCUUCGUCAGGGCCGCCGACGGCACCGAGAAGACCACGCUGGACGCCUCCGUGUGCUGCAACAACUCGAAGCUCGAGAGGUAGAUCGUGUGACGGCCAACGCCUAGCGUGCGACGCGGCGAGUCGGCCGUGGCGCUUGACGCGUUGUGAUGGUGGUGGUGGUGUUGGUGGGGUCCAGUUGCCUCGUGGUCUAUUGUUCGGAUCCGCGCGGAGGAACACCCAGUAUGACCAUGGGUAUGAUGAUGAUGAGGAGGAGACCUCGGCGCAUCCAUGCGCCAAGUUGACCACGGCAAUCCCAGCAACAGCCGGCUGCAGCUCUUGAUGCUGCAGUGCCCGCGGUGCGGGGGACGCCGUUGAUUGAAGCCAGGCUGCACGACGCGGUUCCUCGAAAGGAUGCAGUGGUUCGAGGCCUGAGUCUAUCAGAUCUUGGGCGGUAGAGUCUGAGCUGUCGAUUAGGAGGGCCUGUCAGGGUAUUGAUAUUUUCCAGCGCGGUUGUGUUCAGCCGCUCGCGUCCCUGGCACAGUGCGCAGGUUGGUCUUUUGCAGUGCCACGCGUUCGUGCAUCGCCAGAGCAAUUGCCUCC